GGCUCGCGCGGCGGUGCAAGAUGGCGGACAUCUCCCUGGACGAGCUCAUCCGGAAGCGAGGGGCUGCGGCGAAGGGGCGGCUCAAUGCCAGACCAGGAGUUGGAGGUGUCCGAUCUCGUGUUGGGAUCCAACAGAGCCUUCUCGGCCAGCCAGCACGCACAGCCACCUUCCAGCAGAGAUUUGAUGCUCGGCAGAAGAUUGGCCUCUCAGAUGCCCGGCUCAAGCUGGGAGUCAAGGAUGCCCGGGAAAAGCUUUUGCAGAAAGAUGCCCGGUUCCGGAUCAAAGGGAAAGUGCAAGAUGCCAGAGAGAUGCUGAAUUCCCGCAAGCAGCAGAGCACGGUGCCCCAGAAGCCCCACCAGGUGGCUGAUGCCCGGGAGAAGAUCAGCUUGAAGCGGAAUUCCCCUGCUGCCUUCAUGAGCCCACCCAUCGGGACAGUGACCCCUGCUCUGAAGCUCACUAAAACCAUCCAGAAUUUAUAUGACCUGGAUGAAGAUGAUGAUGUUAUAGCUCCCAUUCCUAGUAAACAGAUGAAAUUUGCAGCCUCAGGCAGCUUUCUCCACCACGUGGCUGGGGUGAGCGGUUCCAAGCUUUCCAUGUCCAAGGCCCUUCCUCUCACCAAAGUGGUUCAGAAUGAUGCAUACACAGCUCCUGCUCUCUCCUCCUCUGUUCGAGCAAAAGCCUUGACCAACAUGUCCCGGACAUUAGUGAACAAGGAGGAUCCCCCCAAAGAGUUGCCGCCUGCUGAGCCUGUCCUCAGCCCUUUGGAAGGCACCAAGAUGACCGUGAAUAAUCUGCACCCUCGAGUCACCGAGGAGGACAUUGUUGAGCUUUUUUGUGUUUGUGGAGCCCUGAAGCGAGCUCGGCUGGUCCAUCCUGGGGUAGCAGAGGUGGUCUUCGUGAAGAAGGACGACGCCGUCACUGCAUAUAAGAAGUAUAACAACCGGUGUCUGGAUGGGCAACCAAUGAAAUGCAACCUCCACAUGAAUGGGAAUGUUAUCACCUCAGACCAGCCCAUCCUGCUACGGCUGAGCGACAGCCCCUCAGUGAAAAAGGAGAGUGAGCUGCCUCGCAGGGUGAAUUCUGCCACCUCAUCCAACCCUCCUGCCGAAGUGGACCCUGACACCAUCCUGAAGGCACUUUUCAAGUCCUCAGGGGCCUCUGUGACCACACAGCCCACAGAAUUCAAAAUCAAACUUUGAGCAGGGGAGCGAGACAGCCAGAAGCGGGGGCAGAGGAGGGUGGCUCUGUUUCCCAAAACAAAGAUUGACCUAUGGGCCGUUGGACUGGAGGCCCCUGAGCGUGGGAAGGGUCGCCAGGGGUAGAGAGCUUCCUCACUGGAUGGUACCCGCCUUUCUGUGUUGUUUUCUACCCUGUGCUCUUUUGUAUGUUAACAUUUCCUGUAGUAUGUUUCUUCUCUCUCCACCUCAUCACCAAGGUAAGCUUGUGUUGCUCAGAGUGUCUCCCCCUAAACGCAGCCCUAAAUUGUUUUUUUCUAUCUGGAAAUGGUGCCCUGAAUUCUCUGGGUGGCCUUCUUGAGGCCCAAUGGAAUGCAG